UCCCUUGACACAGCAGGACUUGUGCCUCCUGCAUGUAUGUUCAUACCGAGAGAACGGUGCAACGUACUGAGACUGGGAGUGUGCGGUUUUCGUACGUUUUGUUCGCCAUGUGCGGCUCCGGGUGUGACUUGGCGCGGUUUGCCAGCAUCCAAUAGCAAUUUAACAGAUACCAAGUGCAGCGUGAAGGCGAAAUAUUCGCCGAGUGUAUCUCGUGAUCAACGGAGAUAGGGCCAGAAGAGAAACGAAGAGAGUAGUGUAGAGUAGACAGGACAUAGGCGGAGACGUAGGGCCCCUUGCCGUGAUAUUAUCAUUAUUUUAGAGGAAAGUUACCCCCCGGGCGUGUCAGGCAACGAAAGAUUUCAGUGUUUAUAACUUGAAUAUUACAAUUAACUUGUAUUUUUAUUCCAAUUGUGCGGCGUGCGGGUGGUGUAGACUAGACAAAGACGCAACUACGAGAGUGCGCAAACCAACGACAGAGAACACGAGUAGCGUAUCAAGAUGGCGCACAAUUUGGCACCGAGCGUUAACUGCUCGCUAGACGACAUCGACUUGAAUGCACUCAAGGAUCCAGCCGGAAUCUUCGAACUCAUCGAAGUCGUUGGCAAUGGAACUUAUGGUCAAGUGUAUAAGGGUCGACACACCAAGACAGGCCAGCUGGCAGCCAUUAAAGUUAUGGAUGUCACGGAGGACGAAGAGGAAGAGAUAAAACUUGAAAUUAACGUUCUCAAAAAGUAUUCAAAUCACAGAAAUAUUGCAACAUACUAUGGGGCCUUUGUCAAAAAAUCACCACCUGGAAAAGACGAUCAGUUAUGGUUAGUGAUGGAGUAUUGCGGUGCUGGGUCAGUGACUGACUUGGUAAAAUCGACGAAAGGCCAAAGUCUCAAGGAGGAGUGGAUCGCUUACAUCUCGAGAGAGAUUUUGAGAGGACUCAGCUACCUUCAUAGUAACAAAGUCAUUCACAGGGAUAUCAAAGGCCAAAAUGUACUGUUAACAGAUAACGCCGAAGUCAAAUUAGUUGACUUUGGAGUAAGCGCACAAUUAGAUCGUACAAUCGGUCGAAGGAAUACAUUUAUUGGUACACCAUAUUGGAUGGCACCCGAAGUAAUUGCCUGCGAUGAGAACCCAGAUGCUACUUAUGACAAUAGGAGUGAUCUUUGGUCUCUGGGUAUUACAGCUCUAGAAAUGGCAGAGUCACAGCCUCCCCUCUGUGAUUUACAUCCCAUGAGAGCUCUAUUUUUAAUUCCCCGUAACACACCGCCAAGACUCAAGUCAAAAAAAUGGGCUAAGAAAUUUCAUGGUUUCAUUGAAACGGUCCUAGUGAAAGAUUAUCAUCAAAGACCUUAUACGGAGCAGCUUCUUAAGCAUCCAUUCAUCCGGGACCAACCAACAGAGCGUCAAGUGAGGAUACAGCUGAAAGACCACAUCGAUCGUUGCAAGAAACGUAAACAAGAGAAAGAACGAGAUGAUUAUCGAUACAGUGGUAGCGAGAAUGAGGAAGAUGAACCAGCAUUGGCUGGAGAACCAUCAUCAAUAGUUCAAGCUCCUGGAGGCGACACAUUGCGUCGUAAUUUCCAGCAAAUCCAGGAAGGGCGAACGUUAACUCAGGACAUUCCUCAACAACCACACUCUAAUAAAGAAAAAGCUUCAAGUAGAAAUCAGAGAGAAAUACCUGAACCUGGACCUCCAGCACGACCUGCCAUUCCUCACAGACUCAUUGAACCACAACCACCUUCUCGACCAUUGCCACCAACCCCUCGAGAUGAUCCAAGACAACAGCACAAAGUUUCUACACCACCUUCUAAUCAUCAUUCAGCUGCGAAUUCUAGUGGAGCAGGCAGUGGAGGAUCUGGUGGACAAGCUCCACAAAGAAAUAGUCAUAUCUUUAAACCAAUGCUGCCACCGAGGAGGCCUGAGGACUUGGACAUGCUGGCCGCUCAACUCAACGAGCUUGGUGUGUCACAGGGCCCUGAAGCCCCGCCACGGCCCAACCGACAGCAUAAGAGUCCUGCUCCUGCACAAUCGGCAAAUGCUGCUACGCACUCGGCUCAACCUGCCAAUAAUGAGCAGAACAACAAACAGAUGCCUCAAUCCUCCAGUAUUCUUGAUCAAGCAUUAACCGUUGAAAGUGACAGUGAUGACGACUUUGAAGAUGCUAUUGGAAAUAAUGCUAGGAAUGAUGGAACGUUAUUAGCUAGUGAUCCACCAAAACCUCUCCCUGAAUUUUCUCCUUUCAGACCAUCUUCAGAUUCGUCUUCGUCGUCAUCACACAAUGCCCAAAACCACCACGAAGGAGGAGCACCAAACCGACCAUUGCCACCUACUCCUGAUGAAGAAGAGUCAGGUGAUCGUACGCUAGUCAUGAAAAGGAAAAUUAGUCAAGCGACAGACGAUAGAGCGGCGAGCAACAGGCACUCCGAGAUUGAUGAGCAAUUGCUGCUCAAGGAGUGGGACUUUACUCGCUUCUUUCAAGGAUGUAACGAAAGGUUGGAUAAAAUGAAACAGGAGGUGAGCAGCGGCAAGUCUGGUAGUGAUGAGAGAUCAUCAUCCUCUGGUGAACGAACAUUGAAGCGUUACGAGUUGGCAUCACGACGGAAACAUGACGUAGCUCAACAUCAUAAACAAAGUCACAAACAACCACAAUCUUCCUCCUCCUCUCAACUUAAAGCAGUGCAUCGACGUCAAGAGUCCGAUUCAAAGCUUGGAAAUGCCAGUGCAUUUGCUCGAGCAUUCAGACGAGAAAAUUCCGAUUUUUUCCCUUCUACGAGGCACUCGGCUUACCUACAGAAGUCUGAACCCAGGUCAAGUAUUUUUGCCAGUGGAAACAGACGGGGAAGUGAAAUAAGUGUGGCUGGAAUAAUCGGAAAGAAAGGUAGUGGAUUAUCAUCAGGAGAGCCAGUUUUAACUGAUUUCUCUUAUGGAAGAGAUGGACCCCAAAGGCCAAGAAGAGAAAAAACUGAAAGUGAAAUAGUAUUUGGCAAUAGACAACAAGACUUCUUACGAGAACGACAUGAAGCCAGACUUUUGCGAGCAAGUGAGGACUCUUCAAGAAGACGCAGUUGUAGACCUACUGACACACCGACUUCUGACGAUGCUGGAACUAUUAAGUCUACAGCUAGUACCACAGCUAGCGAGUACAGCCCUGUUAUCACCCAGAAUCGAGAAGGAGGAGAACGUGCAAGAAGCAGCGGAGGAGGAGACUUCCAGAGGUCAGAUUCAUCGCCUGGCUCACGACCUAGCUCAGUUCUACCGGACCUUUUGACCUCGUCACCGGGUCAACGGCAAGACAAGUCAAACAGCGAAGAGUAUCGACAAGCUGUAAAAACACCUGCACCUCUUGCACUUCAACAGAAACAGAGAUCUUUCUUGACCUUUGGUUUUGGUGCUGGUCCAGCGAGAAGAGAAUCACAUGUCAAUGUUAAUGUCACUCCUACAAGUCAUGAUUUAGCUUCAGAUACUCCAGAAAUAAGAAAAUACAAAAAACGAUUUAAUAGUGAAAUACUUUGCGCUGCAUUGUGGGGCGUUAAUCUCUUAAUUGGUACUGAAAAUGGGCUUAUGUUACUCGACCGAAGUGGACAAGGCAAAGUUUAUCAAUUAAUUAGCAGAAGACGAUUCCAACAAAUGGAAGUUCUUGAAGGGCAGAAUAUUCUAGUAACUAUAAGUGGAAAGAAAAAUCGUGUGAGGGUUUAUUAUCUUUCCUGGUUGAAAAGUAAAAUAUUACGAACUGAUGGUCACAGUGAUCAAGUUGAACGACGUAAUGGUUGGAUUAAUGUUGGAGACCUUCAGGGUGCUGUGCACUUUAAAAUAGUCAAGUACGAGAGAAUAAAAUUCCUCGUCAUCGCUCUGAAAGACUCGAUAGAGAUUUACGCUUGGGCUCCAAAACCUUAUCACAAAUUCAUGGCCUUUAAAUCGUUUGGUGAGCUUGCACACCGACCACUUCUUGUUGAUCUUACGGUAGAAGAAGGUUCAAGAUUGAAAGUUAUCUACGGAAGUGCUGAUGGUUUCCAUGCGGUAGAUUUAGAUUCCGCAACCGUCUACGACAUUUACCUACCGAAACAUACUCAGGGCCCGAUUUGUCCUCAUUGCAUAGUCGCUUUACCCCAUAGUAAUGGCAUGCAACUUCUUUUGUGUUACGAUAAUGAAGGUGUCUACGUUAAUACUUAUGGCAGAGUUUCCAAGACAAUGGUUUUACAGUGGGGAGAAAUGCCUACUAGUGUUGCUUACAUUGGAACAGGCCAAAUUAUGGGAUGGGGAAAUAAGGCAAUCGAAAUAAGAAGUGUAGAAACUGGUCAUCUAGAUGGUGUUUUCAUGCACAAAAAAGCUCAACGGCUCAAGUUCCUCUGCGAACGUAACGAUAAGGUAUUUUUCUCUUCGGCGAAAGGUGGAAGCUCUUGUCAGAUAUACUUCAUGACGUUGAACAAACCAGGGAUGGCUAACUGGUGAUCCCGAAUGAGGCCAAGCAUGGCCCCAUCAUCACAUGUGCAAGUACCACCAGUUUCAUACAAAUUGUCGAGCGUAACGGGAGGAUACGUACCGAAACGUUCGUUCAUUCAUCCUUCACUGCCACAUUCAAGUGUUGUGGAUACCAGCGAAUGUAUACAUCGUAACCACCAUCACUACCAGCAAUACAAUCCAAAAUUUCAUCGUAACUAUUGUUACGAACAACGUCAACAUCGUUACCAACGUCGCAAUCGCCACAAUAAUCAAGAACAAGAUGAGCCACAGUAUUUUGCAAACGAUGAGGAUAACUAUGAUAGUGAGAAACCUGUUAAUUCGCGUUUAUCUUUACGAAGAAUUAGCUCCGAUCCUUUGAAUGGUAUUAACAUCUUGGUAAAACGAUUUCUGUGUUUUUUGGCGUGCCCUGCUUUGAAUUCUUCUACGUAUUACGGCCAGGACUGUUAAUACAAUAGAGUCAUUCAAGAAAAUACAAAACAAAAAGUAAAUGAGAAAUUUAUAGAAAGGCUUAAUUUCCAAUUUUAUAAAUAUUUUUUUCAAUUACUAUAUAAAGAAUUUUGAUAAUUUUUAUUUUGUUUUUCAAACACUGAACAAAGUAACCUAGUUAUUUUAAAUAAGUUUUAAGAAUUGAAACCAUCUCUGGAAAUCGUUUUAAAUUUUUUAUCUGCACUAGCUCAACCCCAACGUAUUCUUCAUUCCAAUUAAACUUUUUCACGGAGCUCAGGGACUGAUUACUUGGCUACAGGUGUAUUAUUUAAAAUGCCAUUUGUCGGUUAAUUAGAAUGUGUAACAGAGAACGAAAGAGUGAGAGUAAAUGAAUUUACGUAUGCCGAUGUUAGCAUUUUAUCAGUAUAUACACAACAUUUUUUGUACGUUAUUUAUCUAUUGAUGUUUCUGUGUUUGAUGACAUUUGAUACGCGCCAAUAUGUGAAUCAAAGACUUAACGUAACGUAAUGUAAAUGUUUGCAAAAGUUAAAUCAAGGCUAAAAAAAAAGUAAAUUGGGCGCGAUCACAAAUUCAACAUUUCAAACACGAGAAAGUAUAAUCAAAGAUUGGCGUAUUUUUGAAUGAAAUAUUACUUCUCGCUAUUGUUAUUCCUCGAUGAUAAAAUAUCGUAACCCAAAAUACUGAGGCUUGACACGUUGUUUGAUUAGAUUUUAAGCUAAAAAAAUGGCUAAAUAAACAAAAAAAAAAGAAUUAAAAAAAUUUCAAUUAUAUCAUUGUCAUAGCGAAAGUAUAAAUAUAAUAAUGACGAUGGCAUACAUAUUGAUAUGAAUAUGACAAGUGAUUGGUGAUAAUAGUAAUGUCACGAAGAUUGAUGAUGAUAAUGGUGUGUGAUUAUGACUACUGAUCGCAUUUUUACAAAAAGAAAAAAAAUAGAAUAAUUUUGCUAGGAUUUCGAUGAAUAAGUGAUACGGUAAUUUUUUUAUUCUUUUUAAAAAAACCCAUUUCGAUCGUCCCUCUUAUGAGCUCUAAAAUAUAGUUUUUUUUUAUCAAUUUAUAUUUUAGUUGAAUGAAAUAAAAAAAAAAUUUUAAUUUUAAUAUUGAAUUAAAUAAAAAAAUGUUUUUAUCAUAUUGACUUGCAAGAAGAUUUGUACAUUUACAUAGUUUCUUGCAUUACAAUAAUUUAAUAUUAUAACGGCAGUGGUACUGUAGAUGAAGUGACUAUGUAUCACAGGAUAUAACGCAUCUAAAUGAUGUUCAAUAUGCAGUUACGUGCAAUAAUAUCUUGAAUGACUAUUGGAGUGUAUUGAAUAACCACUGCUUUAGUUAAUCGGAGCUACGACGAUCCAAUUUUACGUGAUCCAAGUAAUUUUUUAACUUGAAUAAUAUAAAAAAAUUUUCUAUUACACUAAUAAUAAAUAAUUAUUAAUAAUAAUGAUAAUGAUUAUAAUAAGAUUAAUGUUAAUUUAUCAUAAUGAUAAUAAUGAAAAUAAUUUUUACAAUAAAAUAAUAUAAUAAAGGGAUGGCGUCUCUUUUAUCUUGUCUUGGAUAACUUGUACAUACUGGUAUUAUAUGUACGAGCACGUAGCGUUGGACCGACGCGCACCGUAAUCGAUCGGAGGCCCAUACCUCGAUACCUGAUACGUAGUAGUAAGACCUUUAGAGACCUGCCGCUUCUGGCAAUCCGUUAUAAUUUGUGAUUAGAAACUUGUACGGACAAUUAAUUGAUUAUAUUUAUAAAAUGUCCAAGCGUAAAAAAUUUUUUUAAUAAAUCACAAAUUGAUUAAGAACAUUAAAAAAGAAUGAGAAAAAAGAACAAAGAGGGACGUCCGGACAUUUGGGGAUUUUUUUGGUGCAUCGAUAAUGAAAGACUGUUUUAUAAUGAGAACAAAAGAGGAAAAAAAAAAUGAUAAAAAAAAACGAAAAAAAAUGCGCAAGUAAGGAUGAUUAUAACCUCAGUGUGAAAAUGAUUAGAAUGGGAGUUAUUAAGGAUUAA